CAUACAGGCUCUCCUCUGCCAAUAAAGAGCGAUAUUCAUGCAUAACAGUGAUGUACAGGAGAUCAUUCUCCCAGCAAGUAUCCUACCUUCCAGACUCUAUUGUGUUUGUUACAGAAUGGCGAGCAGAGAGGCCAUCAAAGAGAUGCUGGACACUGAGCGUCAACUGGUAGAGGAGGACAAGAAGUUCUCGGCCCAGUUGCUAGAGAUGGAGGACGAGUUCACCGUCGCCAACGGUCUGAACAGGGAAGGUUUUAAUCAGCAGUACAGUCAAGGGGUCAAGAACUUUCGCCUCGACUUUGGUGUUGUUUGUGAGAAAGGUCAUGCUGAAGUCGUAAAGAAGCUGAAGGAAGGGAAGGACAAGAAGCGGGCUGUAGACGAGUACUUAGCGUGCGUGGAGUGUACGAGACAGAAGGCAGCGCAGAGGGCUCAGCAGUCUGACUAGGCCAUUACAGUACUUCCAAAUUGUUGUGGUCCAAAAAUCUGUUGAUCUGAUGAGCUUAGUAGAGCGCUCAAAAGUCUCCAAGUUUUUCGGUUUGACUAAUAGAAUCAUUAUUAAAGAUGUUAAUAUGGA